AUGAUCCACAAGCGUUGCAAAGGCUGUGAGGCAGCAGCACUCAAAGUGCUCACCCUGCUCGAACUGAUCCCGGCUAAGCACGUCAGGGAGGAGUGGCUGCGUCUUGCCCUCAGGGUACAGAUCGCCAAUGUGAAUCCAGGGGUCGUUUGUGAUGGACUUGUUGUCAACCAAAAAUCGCUUGUCCUCGAACGGCGUCGUGCUGUCAGGCACCUCUGUUAUCUUGUGCACAGGAAUAUUGAUGGGCGUGUAGUCAAUGGGGUUUGUCGGGAGAGUGGUAUCCUCUCCCUCGUCGAUAAUGUCCUCAUCGUCGAACAUGGCCGCAUCCUCUGGUGCAUCGACGAUACGAACGUUGGCGGGGGACGCGCCAACGAUGGUAAUGGUGGCGGGGACCUUUCCCUUUGCUCGAGGGCACGUGACAGAAAUAGCGUAGCGUCCACUUCGGGGGAGGUGCUGGAGUACGCUAACCUCACGGAAAUUCGUUGCGGCAUGCACACCGCCGAUCUUACGGUCCGUAUCAUCGUACAAGUACAUGCCCAUGUAGUCCUCUGUCAUAGCGUCACCGCCUGUCUUGCUCACAUACGGUUUCUCCUGGUGCAUCAAUAUAUGAAUGUCAGUCUCGUGGUCCACGUAGAAGUCCACACGAUCCUUCUCCUUAAACUCCAGCGUCACAUCCUGUUGGGCAGGAUGGGCCCAGUCCAUCUCCGGCACACCCAGCUUCUUGAUCGUGAUGUUACUGUAGUCCUCCCCGACCAUACGAUAUAG